AUGUUUCGUGUUAUGCGAAGAGUAUCAACUCUUCACGUACCUUGUCUUCAUUACAAUGCAAUAAAUUUACAACACUAUCGUUGUCAAGCAACAACGACGAUAGUCUCAUAUUUUAAUCGUUAUGGCGAGAGAAGAAUUACGCAAAAUCUCGCACGGGAAACGCGAAUGCUAAAAAAUCAAGGACAAAUAUUUCCGCGCUCUCGUUUUUAUGCCACAGCAACAGAAGUUGAUGGGACAUAUAAUACCGCAGCUUCUUCUCUUACGACCCACCACGCCCGCUUGUUCUUUGAUAAUGUGUAUCCUGUUAAAGUGGGCUUUUAUGACCUUCGAUAUUAUAUAGUGAGGCCAAGCAAAGAAGGGCUAGAAGAAAAGGUCAAGUCUGGAAAAAAAUGGCUUCCGCCUGAAAAGGACUUACCUCAUGAUUUUAACGUGACUGGAGUUGAGCCAAGACGGAGAGAAGGCGGGAUGUUUGUCAAUUUUUCGUAUAAGGCUGAUUCUGCUUGGAAAGCACAGGCAUUGGAGGAGAUUAGAGAGCGUGUAGAACAGCAUUUAAAAAAUCAGCAUGUCGUUCCGUGGUUUAGUGCUAGUGAAGCUCGAGUUUUUUUGGUUAAGGGAGAGCCAUUUAUUGAAGAUCUGACCAGUAGAUAUCCCGCAAGUCGAUUACGUGUAGAAUUUCAAGGAUCGGAUGUCACCAUUGAAUCUUUAUAUAAAGUUUUUCGUCCUUAUGGACGUAUACGAGAUAUAAAUAUACUUCCUCCUUCCGUCAAAGACUUACCCCGAUACGCGACAAUACAGUAUAGCGCGACGCGUGCAGCAACCAGCGCUAAGAACUGUAUUCAUGGAAAAGUAGUAGACGGCACAAGAUUAAGUAUUACGUAUGAUAGACCACUUAAAACAAAUCUAAUUACUGAUUGGAUGGCUAAACAUCCGAGGAUUGCAAUACCGCUCAUUGCGGCAACAAUUGCCGCCAUUACAUACAUAAUAUUUGACCCCAUUCGUAAAUUCUUUAUCAUUUCCAAAGCGACAGAACGGUUUAACCUUCAAGAGUAUCCUCUAUAUCAACGGCUUCGUCGCGAAACUAUCGACCGGCUCUGGACUAAUAGAAAGGCGGAAGAAGAAGAGGGCACAUUAGCAGACUUUAGUUCGUGGUCAGAACGGCAAGAUGAAGAAACGAAGUUACGGAUUUGGUUGAGAGAGCCGCCUGAAACUUUUAUCGUCUUGUUGGGACCCCGUGGUAGUGGCAAAACUGGAUUUAUUAAUCGUGUGAUUGAGAACAAAAAGACCAAAGUGGUCAUAAAAUGUGACGAUAUUCUUAAUUCACGAGAUGAAAAUGAAGUUGUUAUGAAACUGGCGCAACAGAUUGGGUAUUUCCCUGUUUUCAAUUUCCUCACUUCGAUGUCCAACAUUAUCGAUUCAUUAGCAAGUGCAACAUUCGGAUUUACAUCAACAACCGAUACUGAAAUAAAGAAAAUUCUAGAUGAGCUAGCGAUUGCAUUACACGAUAUUGCGCCAGAAUCAAUAGCCAGGAAACCACGGCCAAAAAUCAGAGCCAAAGGAUUACGCGUACCCACAAUUGUCGAAGAAUAUGAUCCCAAUGAGAUACCCGUUGUGGUUAUUGAUAGUUACAUGACGAAAGACAAGGAAAAGCAUGAAUUAUGGGACCAUUUGGCCAAGUUGGCUGUUUUACUGGUAGAAAAUCGCGUUGCGCAUGUGGUUUUCGUGACUUCUAAUAUUGGUGUUAUUAAACCGCUUAGUAAAGUGCUUCCAACGAAAACUUUUAAUUAUGUUGUCUUAUCUGAUGCUCCUCCGGACAGAGCUAUAAACCUUGUAAAAAGGCAUGUUAGCGACGCUGCUAAUAUUGAGAAAAUCGAGGAAUCAUUAAGAACACUUGGAGGUCGUUUGACAGAUUUAGAAAUAUUUAUUAGCAAAAUCCGAGGAGGUCAAACGCCCACUGAGGCUUUAAACGACCUUAUCGUGAAAUCUAUUCUUGAAAUACGUAAGUAUGCUUUUGGCGAUGACGCAGAAGACGCAAAGUCUAUUCCAUGGAAAGCAAUACAGUUCUGGGUAAUAAUGAAAAGUCUUGCACAUGGUGAAACUGUCUCUUAUGAUGCGAUGAAAUUCUCGCCAAUAUUCAAUAAAGACGAUACACCAUUAAAAGCAAUGGAACAAGCCGAGCUUAUCGCAAUAACUCAGAUAAAUGGUCGUCCCAACCUGAUUCGUCCUGGAAAACCGUUAUACCAAGCUGCGUUUGAACAAAUCGCGUCUGAUAAAUUAUUUGCUGCUACUAUGGAACUGCAAACAUAUGAAUACCUUUUAUCAUUCGAAACUGCAAACAUACAUAAAUACGAAACAGAACUUGCAUCUUUAGGACAAUUAUUUGUAAAGCAGGAUGGAAAAUGGAUAUUUGGCGGAGGACAUGUACCAGCUGAAGUUCAAGAUCGAGUUAAAUUCUUGUUAUCGUUACUCCGUAAGAAACAUGUGCUUGCUGAAAAUUAUCAAACACAAGUGUCGACGUUGAAAAAACAGGUGGCUGCUGCUGACAGUUCAUAG